UAAGUCCAUAUUGAUCGAGUGACUGGUUAAUUGAGUACUUCGUCUGGAUCCCGCCGCAUCUCGAAACAAUGAGGGUCUAAAUUGUCACAAUAAUAAGUCUAAUGGCCGAUAACAAACUAAGCAAAAACAAGAGUGGCAUCCAACUCAAUUAACCAAAGGCGCCGGCACCAAUCAUGCAUAUGGACAGCACCAAAACAGAGCAUUUAAAUAGAACCCACAAGAAAGACAAAGACUACACAUUUCGAAAAAACAGAGCACCCCAAAAACAGAGUACCCAAAACAAACAGCAAAAUGGCAAACACCAAUAUUGGCGGCGACAUCCGAUCAAGGAUAACCCUCCGGCCCUUCCGGCGAACAGACGCCGCCGACAUCUGGAACUACUCGAAGAACCCGGAAACGACCCGAUACACGCCCUGGAGGCAAUUCAAUUCAGAGGAAGAAGUCGCCGCCUACAUAGAGACCUACUGCAUUCCCCACCCCUAUUGCAGGUCCGUGUGCAUUGAAGACAGGUCAAUCGGGCUGGUGAUCGUCACGCCGGGGACCCGCCCAGACGAGGCGCGGCGCAGGGAGUUGGGAUUGGUGGUGUCGCCGGAGUAUUGGUCGAGAGGGGUGGGGACGAGAGUGGUGGAGAUGGUGGCGGAGGAAUCGUUCAGGAUUUUCCCGGAGAUGGUGAGGCUGCAGGCGGGGACGGAUGUGGGGAACAUAAGGGCCAGGAAGGUGCUGGAGAAGAAUGGGUUUAGGAAAGAUGGGGUGAUGAGGAAGUACUUGUUCCACCGCGGGGAGGAUCGAGAUGUGGUGUUUUAUAGCCUUCUGGAUUCUGAUCGCCGGCAACCGGCUCCGCCGGAGGAAAUGUGGCGGCCGCUGGUGUCGUUGUUGCGGUUAUUGAGGUUCAGUUUCUUGCUGAAUUUUCUUUGCUCGUUGUGUUGCUUACUUGGUGACUCAGUCAAACCUUUGCGAUGAAUAUCGUUUUGGAAUUUGGGGUUUCUCUGUUUUGGUAAUUGUUUAUACUGUUGAGUGAGGGAGUGGAAUCGGUAGUUAGCGCACGGUUGGAAGUUGUUCAGAGAUUUUAGUUUCUUGCUGGGGGCGUAGGUAGCGGUGGAGACAAAGUAAAGUUGCAUGUACUCUAUAUUGUUGCUUUGUUGGUGGAAACAUGUAAUCUAAUGUUGGUUCGUAGUUUUCUUUCUGGUAACAUAGAUAGCUUACAUGUCAUAAUGUUCAAUCAGGCGCGGCAGUCGACAAGUAGUCGGACUGUCAAUGAAGGACGUUUUGUGCCAUUAAGUGGGCAACCCUAUUACCCCAAAUCAGAAUAGAAGUACAUGAAAAAGAAACAAAAGAUAGGAAUAGACAUGAACUUUCUCUAGAAGAGCAUCCCUAGACCCUCCUAUAGAAAACCUUCCCCUUGAUCUGUUGUUGGUUUGGGUUAGGCAAUGUGGAUCACCAUGCUUCGUGCUGGAAGUAACAACCACCUUGGGAGCACGUGCUAACAGGUGUCUGGCGUUGUUGGAUUGUGCGCAAAACGCUUAUGAAGAUUGGAAGGAUAACGUGACAAUUUUAGAAAUAAAUAUCAUCACUUCAUAUCUAAUGAUCAAGAUGCAUUUUGUGGUCGAUCUGACGGCUCACAGAUUUUGAUGUGAGCACAGUAAUCAGAUCUCACAGUUUUCUUAGAGCCGCCCGUCCGCCAGGGUAUAAUAAAGGUGGUCUUUUUUGGAUCAAAAUGAACAAACUCAUGCCGAGUUAUACAAAAGUUAGUAGGCUAAAUUGUAACUAGAGAUGACAAUUGGAUUGGGUCUAUGGAUUGGAUCAAGUGGAUUGGAUAAAAUGGAUUGGAUAAUAUGGAUUGGUUGAUUGAUUCCAUGAAUCAAUCCAUGGAUUCAAAUGACAUCCAAGUCUUGGACCAAAAUGUAAAUUUUGAAAAGUUUAGGUACUAAAAUAUGAUAAUAAAUAUUUUUGGAUACCAAAAUGUAAUAUUCCAAAGACAUUUUUGUCAAAAAAAAAUUAAAUUUAGGGAUGGGAGGCAGAGUGGUGUGGGUGAAAAAUUGGAUUUUUUUUUUCAAGCAAUUUGCGGGGAAUUGAACCAUUGACCUCAUUGAUGGAGGUGUGCCUACUUAAAAAUUAGACAACAUGGGCUUCCUCGGUAAAACGUAGGUCUUGCGAGAGGCGGACCUAAAUUGGUGCCCCCACAACCUCGUUGUGAACUCCACGACAUCAGGUUUCUCCACCAUCUCUCCUAGUGGGUUUGACGUUGACAAUGAUAAUUUGUAAAAAAUUUCACCGGGCUCCAUAGCAAGCGCAAAUUGUUGAUGGAACUUUUCAUCAAGGCUCACUAUAAGUGCCAAUUGUUGAUGUCAGGGCGCCAUUCCAUGAGAGGACUUGAGGAUCCUAUGAUUUCGCGGCAAAUCGACGGAGAAACUAGUGGGGUUGAGGGCCCGCAGUUCCACAUAAAAGAUUGACACAGCUCAAUCUUGGUCGAGAGAUCCUCAAUUCUUGGAGAUAACAAAUUGAUUGAUGUUUG